AUGGAACUCAUGUUUGAUAGUGAAUGCUUUGAAAAAUCGUGUAAAUAUUCACUUUUACGUUUCUUUUUCUAUACUCCACCAUUUGUGAAAUAUGUGAAAGAAUGUGAAUUUUCAAACAACUUGAAAUGGAAAUUCAACAAAACCAUGAUGUUUCGAGAAAUUGAAUUGAAAAAUUUACAUGUUUUCAAUUAUGCCACGAGAGAACUCUUACUGAGCAAUGAUUUCAAAGAUGAUUUAAUCGAUUACUUGUUGUAUAUUAAAUGCUGUCCACCUGAACUUGCCAGAAAUAAGAAAGACUUGGCAAAAAGUAUUGAUCACAUUGGUGACUGCUUUCAAAAAUCAGCACAAUGUCAAACCAACCUCUCGGACGACCUUAAAAACGAUCGAGAAUUUUGGAACUGCUUCAUUCUUGACCGUUAUUAUGAAUUUUUCAAUGUUCCAGAACAUUUACAACAAGAUCGCGAGUUCAUUCUUCCAUUGAUUUCAAAACAAGGAAAAUUAUUACAGUACUUGGGCCCAUUGUUGCGAAAUGAUUUUACUAUAGUCAUGAAGGCUGUUUCUCAGAAUGGUCUUUGUCUUGAAUAUGCUCCUUUAGCAUUGCGAAACGACCACUCUAUUGUAAAAGCUGCCACUUGUCAAAAUCCUCUCGCUCUUCAAUUUGUCCCAACUGAGCUGCAACCUGAAUGGAAGGAGAAAUUUCUUGUUGAGAUGUAUCAAGAUCCCACAAAAGCAUGCGCCCUAUUAGAAAUAUUUCCAGAAGAAAUGGGCAAUAAUGAACAAGUAGUAUUAACAUCUGCCAAAUGUCACAAAGAGUAUCCACACGCAUUCAAGUUCGCCAGUUCUAAACUAAAACGUUCUCGAGAUUUUGUAUUGAAAUUCAUCGAACAAGGAGGGGGUUUAUGUCUGGCCUACGUUCCCAUUGAAUUUAUAGAGGAUUGA